UGUCAGCGGCCGUGGAGUGCGGUGUUUGUGAGUUGCGGGGCGCGAAAAAAAAAAGCACAUGUGUAUCGUGACAUCGCUUGGCGUCCGUUUAGUGUGUGACAACGUAAUUGAAGUAGAUUUAUUUGGUGCCGCAAACAAUUCUAAAAACAUUUCCUCUCAUCAAUUCCGGCCUCGUAAUACGUGCACAUUGCACCGCGUGAAUGCAUGUCGGAAUUCCCGCAACGCACAACCUCCUUCCCUUUCCGAUUCUCCACCCCUCUGACGGACUGCAUUGAUUCUAGUUUAAAUCGUUCGAGUGCAGUAAUUGCAUCGUUGUAUAGCCGAUUCUGUUGCCUUCUUGAUUCAGGUAUACACUGAGGCUCAUUGUUAUGCCAAGAUAUGACGAGAUGACAUUAUUACCCGUGCUGAUUAUACUUGAGUUGUUUUUAUUGUCCGUAGACGAGGAGCCAAAAAUUAUCAUUAUCACCGCUACCAGGCAGUGAUAAUAAUUUUAGUGGUGUAGUGAAAAGAAAACUGUCGAAGUAUGGUGUAUGUUAUACUUGAAAAAAAACUAGAGAAUAAUAAGACACGGUCUAUUAAAUUAACGAGGGACGUUAUUUUGAAAUCCUUAAACUAACAAUACGCACAAGCAAAGAAGAAUAAAUUAUUAUGCAACAGGCCACACGAUAAGUUGGCAGAGGAGUUAUACGUACAUACAUAUAUCAGUUGGCCUUCAACUCGGUUUUUUGUUCUUCAUCAUCGUCGGUGUCGUCGUGAACGGAACGUUCAACUGCUGGAUGAGUAUAAUGCAUCAAUCGAUACAUUUCCGUUAAUGCUGAUCGUUGAGCAUUGUCGCUGUUGUCUGCAUUUUACAUCAUCUUUGAUCAACGAUUUAAUCAUCUCUGCCAGCUACCACAGACAUCAAAAGGAUCGGAAAAAUGACAAAUUUAGUUGACGGCUAAUUACAGCAGCGAUCAGUUCCGCACGACGGUGUCUGAAUAGCACGUUGGGACACUUUGUCAUUAUCUUCUUCUCGUUCAUUUUCCUUUCAAUUUCAAACCGUCAAAAGUGCCAAGAUGACUGUCACCUACACAGCGGAAGUUGCAACCUGUCGCGGAUUUGGAUGCUUCAUCAAACUUUUGCUCAGUCUCUACUCACAUAACCGGAUACACUCAGCGGGACUGAUAAAUAGCUUAUCUCGAUCAACUCAUCAUUGUCAAAGAUAGGACUGUACGCAUUGAGGCGUGUGCUAGACAUCGUCACUGAUUAUUGCACAAUCUAGUCCCGUUAUUAUACUUACCACUUAACGUUACAGAGAUGGCGAGCCAGCGUUUACAAAUUGGUGUGGUUCGACUUAGCUGCUUUUUUAAUACUGAACUAUGCUAUUACGGGCAUACAUCGUUUUCUCCUGGAUGACGUGCAAAAAGGACACUUUAAGGCAGUUGUCGAGUAUUGCAAGGCGUACAGCGACAAAAUUCCACUGUCUUUUGUACUCGGUUUCUACGUCAGUAUCGUCAUGACCAGGUGGUGGAAUCAGUACAUGAUUAUUCCUUGGCCCGACUCUAUUGCAGUUUUUGUUUCUGCAACUAUUCACGGCCAAGAUGAACGCGGAAGACUUAUGCGGCGUACCAUUGUGAGAUACGUCUGCGUUUGCUUGACUUUAGUGCUUACCAACAUAUCGCCUAGAGUUAAAAAGCGAUUUCCAACAUUGGAACACUUUGUUGACGCUGGUUUACUGCUCGAAAAUGAAUUGUCGAUAUUCCAAAGCCUUAACGCCAAGUUUCCAAAGCCUGGCAAACACUGGUUACCUAUAGUAUGGGCCUCAAGCAUCGUUACUCGUGCUCGAAAAGAGGGCAGAGUGCGUGAUGAUUUUGCUGUGAAAACUUUGAUCGACGAGUUAAACAAGUUUCGAGGAAACGCCGGAAGGCUCAUACAUUAUGACAUGAUCAGUGUGCCUCUGGUCUACACUCAAGUCGUCACACUGGCAGUAUACUCAUACUUUUUGACCUGUAUCAUGGGAAGGCAAUGGACAGGUGAUUUGUCGGCGGAAGCAAUUGACUUGUAUUUUCCCUUCUUCACGACUCUUGAAUUUCUAUUCUACAUGGGGUGGUUGAAAGUGGCCGAAACUUUGAUAAAUCCUUUUGGCGAGGACGACGACGACUUUGAAGUUAACUGGAUAAUAGACAGAAAUUUACAGGUGAGCUAUCUGAUUGUCGAUGAAAUGCAUCACGAACAUCCGGAACUUAUUCGCGAUCAAUAUUGGGAUGAAGUAUUCCCAAUGGAAUUGCCCUACACAGCGGCUGCACAGCCUUUCCGAGAAGAACAUCCCGAGUCUUCAACCGCCGGUAUUCAACUCUCCGCUGCUCAGCAAGAAUUGCAGCCAUCAUCGGUCAGGAUUGAAGAUCUGGCACCGGAGUACAAUACCAAAUUUCACAAUGAUCUAGCAGACGACGCUGCAUCGGGUAUACACUUUACUGCAGGUGGAAAAAUGUCAAGAAGUGGAAGCAGAGUCAGUACCAGAGAGCGCAGAUUCAGCGGGGGAUCAACACCUAGUAAUAUUGGCGGUUCGCUCACGAGAGUAAACAGCGUAACUAACGUUCUACGGAGGCUUUUCAGUAGGGAAGAUAGACCCGACGGUAAUAAAGUAAACGACGAUACCAGGACACCAGGAAAAAUUCCAAAUUCAAACUCAACAGCUUCUUUGCAGCAGUCUCGAUUUGCCGGUGGCGGAUCGAUGAGAAUUGGAGUAAUCGAGGAGGUUGAUGAACAGAUGACCAUGACGUCGAUGCGGCCGGAGACUAGGCCUCACGUUCAAAGCAUUUUCCCGCAGGGCGCACCACCUCCUUCUGCUCCUAUGAACGUCCCGGGAACAGUUUCCCCAAUGAAUGGUCGAAAUGGUGGCGAAAUUCUAUCAACGAGCGCGCCUGCUGCGGCGAUCAGACUUCCCAGUGCGCCAAGAACCCAACGCAGUACGCAAUCGGCUCGAUCAAGUGCUGCCUUCGAGUCUGCCCCAGGCUUUGAGAUGGGACCUGUGAUCGAUAUAGAUAAUAUUAGCAUGAGUAGUACAAGCACGAUGAAUUCGGAUGACGAAUUUUUAAAGCUUAAAACUGAAAGGGAGAAACAACGGCGGGAAAAAGCGGUUUUAAAGCUUGCACGAAGCAUUAGCGCCCAGACGCAGAUAAAUCACGGUGGAAAUCUUAAUGCGAGCGAUUCAGAGGCUCUUUUAACGGAGCUCACACAGUCCUCUCGUAUUUCGAUUAGGCCUAGGAACGAUAAUAACACCGAUCACGUUUAGCGCACGAAAUAACUUAGGUGAAUUCUUUUCUCUUUCUUUCUCUUCGUCUAUAUUGUGUUACAUUUCAUCGUAUGCGCGUUAAACGAUCUGCACUUCAAGUGGAAUUCUCCCACUAUAGAUAGUUAACAGUGAUGACACGAAAUUCAUGAGGUGGCUCAAUUUUUGCAGAAUAAUGUUUUAUCGUAUAACACUGGUGCGUUUUUUAGUCUUUUUGUCAUGUAUAUUACCGUCGUAAAGACACACUUGUCACUGCUCAAUAUUCGACACACGUAUUGCAUUCCCGUAAUACAUAAUGUUGUUACUAUAUGACGAAAUCAGUAUAAAAAGAAUUGUUUUAAAUAUAUAUUCUAAUCACAUACAAACACACAUGAGGUAAGCAAUUCCAUGCAAAGUCAAACUGUACUUAGAAAAUUUUUAUAGUGAGUAAUGUUUACUACUCAAUUCACAACAUGUUUUGUUGUUUUUUACUAUUGUCUUAUUUUUAAUGCAACGAGACGCGAUAAUUGUAUCGCACUUGUAAAUAUUAGUUGAAAUUCAACAACUUUAGUAUCUUGUAUAACUAUCUAGAUGUAGUUAUUUAGAAUUUAGUAAUUCAAGUUUGUAUUUAAAAAUCAACACAAGUUAGAGAAGCUUCAAUGAUCGAUUAAACUAGUUAGGUUAUUUUAAUGAUUUUGAUUGAUAACAUUAGACGCUUAACUAAAUCGAAUAAUACCUGGGUUGUGGUCGGCUAAGUUUAUUAUAUUUUCUUUAAUUUUAAUAUGCAUAUUAUUUAUAUCCACGAGUAACGAGAUAUAUUAAACGUCGUUGAUGUAUUAUUUAUUAUUACUAAUAUUAUUAUUGUUAUUGUGGUUAUUUUUAUAAUUUUUAAAGAACAAACAAGUGGUCAUAGGCUAAAGGUGCUUUAUAUUUUGUUUCGUUUGUUUCAUAUCGCAUUUUGCGAUAAAUAUUUAUAAACACAUGAAAAAUUCGAAACGAUAUAGAUCUUUUGAUAUGGUCGAAGUAUUAUCUUACACGUACCUACUAAUGUGUUUUUCGAAUCAUUCGCUGUUAGAUACAAUUGUCUGAAGAUGAUAACACUCUUAAUAAUAAACCACCAAUCUUGUGUGGCGGAAUUUUUACGCAUUAUUAUUGUUAUGAGUGUUAUUAUUUUUUUCUUUUAAUUUUUUGUGAAAUGGCGAGAGAUAAGACAUCAAAGUUAAUCAUUCGGUAAUCAACAAUUGUAACCAAAUCCUUGCAUUCGGAAUCCAAUUUAUGAAAGUUAAUGAAAGUAAAAUUUGCCUCCGCACUUUUUCAUUGCACUGCAAAAAUAUUUAGGAAGUCUAAAAUACAUACCAUUGUAGCGAAAUUAAGAAAAAAUAGGAACAACAAUUUUACCUGCACGGUGCAAUUUUACUAGCCACGUAUUUAAGUACGAAAUAAAUUAAUCGUUUUAACCUUAUUAUGUCACAUAUUGACAUAUUUUCGGGUGCCUUUACGCUGUGCCUACGUUUUAAGUACGGAAAGUUUUAGGCGACCCAUUAGCUUGUUAUUCACACUAUGCUCAAAUUCACGCAAUGCUCAAAUUUCAAAAACUUAUACUUACGUAUAUCCCCACAAUCGGAAAAGAAUAGAAACGGAUUGAGAAUUUCAAUACGAUCUAUUGCGAUUUCUUUAUCUAGACGGAUGUUUCGUAUUCUUCGAGAAGAAUUAAUUCGGAUAGAAAGAAUUGAAUCGGAUUGAUAAUUGUCAUCCCUUAUUCUAAAUAAAUAAUUGAAACGAACAAGCUAUUAGAGGUGCCAUUGUCGCGAAUAUGACGGGAUAGGACAGAACAGAUAAAAUCGAAUAGAAACGAAUAAACAGAUUCAAACGAACAGUGGCUCAUUGGAAUAACUCAUGCUUAAUUCGGAAACUUGAAGAAAUGGGAUUCAUAAUUCUGCUAAUCGUUCCGUUUCUAUUCUUUUCCGAUUGUUGGGAUUCACGAACGAGUAUUGAAAUCUGCUAACAUUCCGACAAUAAUAUGUUCUCUCCACAUUUAAAUAACGAAACCGCAAAUUGCUCUUUGUAAUAUAUUUAUAUUACGUAUAUUCAAUACCCUUUGCUACGAUAUUGUACUCAAGUAAUUAUGUAUAACAUAGAUAAUCUAAUUAAGGUUUGGAAAGUUGAGGGAAAAAGUGUGUAUAUUACACCAGUCACUGAUUAGUAUGCAAUUAGUUAUACGUAUUUUGUUUGUUUUACCAUUCUAUAAAAUGUGUAUCGUUCGAUUGCAACGAUGCGUUAAAUACAGAAUAAUGCGGCUAGCUUAAGCUACAUAUAAUAGGAAACAAGUACUGAACGAAUAUAAACUCUUUUCUAUUGGUUUUUCUGUACAUAAAAAAUUGUCAUUUAAUAUAGGCUCGCAGUCUCGAUAUGAUUCAAAUUUAUCUUGUACGUCAAUAUUUUUAAUUAGUAAUUCUCGUUUGCCAUCCAAAGAUUCCAAGGGAUGAUUACCUGGUGCUUGACUUGUGCAUUGGGUUACGCAUCAAUUAUCAUUGUUUACCAGUAUUACUGUUUUACAACAAAUAACCUAUGUCAAAUCGCUUCUGCGUGUAUAAUAAGCAAUAAGGAUUUCUUCAAGGUUUAAAAGACGAUCAAAAAUUUCUUGUAAGUUUUCAGAAGUUGAGGUAUAUU